AUGUCGGAGUCGUUGUUAAACUUUAACGUCGGUGUGCUCGGGCACGUCGACAGCGGGAAGACGUCGCUCGCCAGGGCACUGAGCAGCACCGCCUCCACCGCCGCCUUCGACAAGAACCCGCAGUCCCGAGAGAGAGGCAUCACGCUGGACCUGGGCUUCUCCUCCUUCACCGUGGACCUGCCAGACCACCUGCGGCACUGCGGGGACCAGCAGCCCCGCAGCAAUCUGCAGUUCACCCUCGUCGACUGCCCAGGACACGCCUCUCUGAUUCGCACCAUCAUUGGGGGAGCUCAGAUCAUUGACCUGAUGAUGCUGGUGGUGGAUGUGGUGAAAGGAAUGCAGACUCAGACUGCAGAGUGUCUGCUGAUAGGAGAGCUGACAUGCCCUCGCAUGGUGGUCGUCCUCAAUAAAAUAGACUUACUGCCACCUAACAAGAGACAGAGUGCUAUUGAAAAAAUGACAAAGAGAAUGCACAAAACUCUGGAGAGCACUAGAUUUAAGGAUUGUCCAGUGAUUGCUGUGGCAGCAAAGCCAAGAGGCCCAGAUGCUCUUGACACAGAGGAGCCACAGGGAGUGUCAGAUUUAAUAGAGCUUUUGAAGAAACAGGCAUACCUCCCUCAGAGAGACCCUGGAGGUGACUUUUUAAUGGCUGUGGACCACUGCUUCUCUAUCCGUGGUCAGGGUACUGUUAUGACUGGAACCGUCCUGCAGGGGUCGCUGGCUAUCAAUGACACUGUGGAAAUUCCAGCCCUAAAGGUGACUAAGAAGGUAAAGUCACUGCAGAUGUUUCGGAAGCCUGUGUCAGGGGCCAUGCAAGGGGAUCGUGUGGGUGUGUGUGUGACACAGUUUGAUCCAAAACUGUUAGAGCGAGGUUUAGUGUGCACCCCAGGGUCACUGCGCACUCUUCAUGCAGCUGUCAUCUCUGUUCAGAAAAUUGGGUACUUCAAGGGUGGGCUUGCUACCCGGACUAAGUUCCACAUCACAGUGGGCCAUGAAACUGUCAUGGCAAAAGUGACCUUCUUCGGCCUCCCCCCUACAUGUGCUCCUGCAGCCUCCUCGGACACUAAGCCAACCCCACAGCCCUGGUCACUGGAAACUCCUUUUUCCUUCAAUGUGGAAUACUUCUACCAGGAUGAGUAUGUCACCGGUCAGGGAGAGGCAAGCUUGGGGCCUCAUCCAGACCCACAACAGUGGGCCUUGUUGGAGUUUGAGCGGCCAGUCACAUGUCCCUCUCUCUGCCUGGUGAUUGGAUCCAAACUUGACACGGACAUCCAUGCGAAUGCAUGUCGAUUGGCCUUCCAAGGUCAUCUGCUACAGGGUUUUGAAGAUAAAUCCUACGCUGAGACCUCUCUGCCUCAACUCUGUAUCUACAAGACCAAACGCAAGGAAGGACAGGUGGAAAGGGUGACUGAUGAUUACACGGUGAUUGGCCGCAAUCUGUUCAAAAAAGAGACCAACCUACAGCUGUUUAUUGGAUUGAAAGUCACACUUUCCACAGGCGAGACUGGAAGUAUUGAGGGCGGCUUUGGACAGAGUGGGAAGUAUAAGAUACGGAUACCAGAUGGUCUUCAGCCAGAAACCAAGAAGCUGUUAUCUUCAAAGAAGAAAGGAAAGGGUGGAAACAAGGGGGAACAAGCAAAUGAAGAUGAGCCCAAAGCAGAGCUGCACCCUGUCAGCAUUCACCUGGAUUUUAAACGCUACAUCUUUGAUCCCCAUAAGAAGAUGGCCCAGUCCUAAUCAUUGAGAGAUCAGCUUCAGCUGUGCUGUAGAGUCGUGGCCUCUGAAUCACAGGUUUGUGUUCAUUGGCUUGAGGGAUGGAUAAAUGUCUCACUGCAGUAACGCUGGAAAGCUGAAUAUACAUGAAGUGAUGACGUACUGCCUCUCACUCUCUGGAACUAGAGUUGAUCCAGGUUUUACUGUUGCAGACACUUUUGGAUUUUCAUGCAGAAUCAAUAUGUGAUCAGUAUGUCUGUUGUUGAUGAAAACUAUUUACCUGUUUUUAUUAAACCAUAAUUGACUUGAAAAUGCUACCAGGUUUCACUACUUUUCUGAGAUUUCUGAUUUUUCAAUUUCAAUUUAUUUUCAUUUAUCUAGUGUCAAAUCACAACAAAGUUGCCUCAAGGCGCUUCACACAAGUAAGGUCUAACCUUACCAACUUGCAAAUCUGUUCUGAUCUAAAAAAUCCGUAACAUCAUGACACAACUAACAACUUCCCCAGCCCCAUUAAAAAAAAAACAAAAAACAAAGUCUUUUGUGUUGAAGUCCUGAGUCACAUUCCCCAGAGUUUUGCCUUGAGACAA